AUGUCUGACGCCGGCCGCAAGGAUUUCUCCACCAAGGCGAAGGAGGAGAUCACUCCCGACUCCGCCAAGUCCACCCAGGAGAAGAUCAAGGAAACCGUCACCGAUACCACUGACCGCAUUACUCGAGGUGCCCAGCCUGACGAUAGCAAGAGCACCACUCAGGAGACUUUUGACAAGACUCAGCGUGUGCAUGACAACAAGGCUCACGAUGGUGCCACUGGCUCCGUCGGCGAUAAGAUCAAGUCUGCCCUUGGCAUCGACAAGUAA